AUGGCGGAGAAUAAGCGCCAGAGCUCUGGUGCGAAGGCCGCUGGUCCUACUAUGACAGCGGGCAUGGUCCCCAUGGAUACCGCAUUGAGCGGUGCGAUCGGUGCUCGCGUCCGCAUCACCACCGCCGGUCCAUCGAGUUCUACCUACGAGGGAACCCUUUUUACUGCAUGUCCCAUUACCAACCUCGUCGCGAUUAACACAUCUCCCGCUCCUGCUGCCUCGGAUGCAAAGCAGGCACAGAGCGGUGAUUACCAUGUCAUCCCCGUCUCUCGUAUCCAGUCCUGCCAGCUCCUUGCGCUUCCGUCCAAUUCAUCAGAGUCCCCCUCUUUCACAGACGCACAGCCUACCAUCCAGGCACUCGAUACCCGUGCGCUGAAGGCCCGUGAGAUUAAGGCUGUUGGUGACAUACUUGAUAAGGAGGCACGUCGUGGAAAGGGUGUUACUCGGGAAGCACAGGAUAUAUUCGAUGCGUUCAGUCGAACUAUGCCUGCGCGUUGGAACGGACAGAAUAUUAUUGUUGCUGAUGCGGUUACGAUUGCACCGCCAUACCGAGUUGAUGAUUGUCGCCCAUUGGUUGAGGGUGACACAGCUGCUCUGGCUCGAGUGCGCAAGGUGCUCGAAAUGGAGCGUAAAAAGAUCGAACUUCGCAAUGCUAGUGCCACUAUCGGGUCUACUAGCACAUUCGCCCGUAACUCGGGCGACCAGCGCAAAGGCGGAUAA